UACGGAAGUGUGCAGCUGGGCAUGAGUCCGUUUUGUGUCAUGCGUUUCUCUGUUGGCUAUUGAAUGUACCCUAGUCUACAAUGUCGACAAAGCCUGAAGAGGAGCUGGUGAAGGAAUGGGAAAGGGAGCAGGCGGAGCUGAAGCAGCGUCUCCAGGUCGGGGACACUGAGGACUGGCAGCGGAGCCCCGACUUCACUGGGCUGGAGCGGGUCGGAGGAGUGGACCUGUCCUUCAUCAAAGGGGACGACGUCAAUGCCUGUGCACAGCUGGUCGUCCUCAGCUACCCAGACAUGAAGCUGCUGUACCAGGACAGCCAGAUGGUGGCGCUGGACGCUCCGUACGUGGCCGGCUUCCUGGCCUUCCGCGAGACGCCCUCGCUGCUCCACGCCCUGCGCAGGCUGCAGGAGGCCCAGCCCAGUCUGAUGCCGCAGGUGGUGUUUGUGGAUGGGAACGGACUCUUCCAUUACAGAGAGUUUGGCCUGGCCUGUCACCUGGGGGUGCUGUCAGGUUUGCCCUGCAUUGGAGUGGCCAAGAACCUGCUGCAGGUCCAGGGGGUGACCAGGGAUGAGCAGCACCUCUCUCAGAUCAAUGCGCUGCAGAAAGGAGGGGACGUGUUCCCGCUGACCUCCCAAUCAGGAAGAGAGCUGGGGAAGGCCCUGCGCAGCUCUGACUCCAGCACUAAGCCCGUGUAUGUGUCGGUGGGCCACCGUAUCAGUCUGGACGCGGCCGUGCGCCUCACCCACGCCUGCUGCCGCUACCGCGUCCCAGAGCCCAUCAGACAGGCGGACAUGCUCUCCAGGGAGUACCUGCGCAAACACUUCCCCUCGGCAGACCUGCAGACUCAGGACGCAACGGUGACCUUGGGAGAGGAAUCCGCCAAAGAGACCAUCGACAGCAACACGAGGCCCAGUGGAGCAGUCUGUACACCGUGCCAACUGUGAUUGUGUGUGUGUGUGUGUGUGUGAGUGAUAGUCCACAUGGACAGUAAUUUCACCACCUCUACAAUCACAUGAACAGUAUAGAAUUGUUUUAUAUAAAUAUAUAUACGAUGUGAGCACCAG